AUGAGUGCUUAUAUACAUAUUCCAUUUUGUUUAAAACGAUGUUUUUACUGUGCUUUUCCUGUUCAUGUUGUUGGAUAGACAGACGUCAAUUAGAAUUAUUAUAAACAAUGUUUGGAGAAACAAUAUGUUGGAUAUUUGAUUAAGGAUAUUCAGAAUCAUUAUAAAGGAGAACCUUUACAAACAAUAUAUUUUGGAGGAGGAACUCCUUCUCUUCUCUCAUUAGAGAGCUUGCAAGUAUCUAAAAUUUUGAACAAAGUUAAUAUUGAAUUGUUUUAAGAAAUAAUCAAAUGCAGAAAUAACCAUUGAGGCGGAUCCCAAAACUUUCAAUGAAGAUAAGCUAUAAGGAUUUAAAACCUUAGGAGUAUUAUAUUAGUUAAAUAUGAAGUUCAAUCGACUCUCUGUGGGUGUUUAAUCUUUACAGGAUGAAACAUUGAAAAGAUUAAACAGAAGCCACCUGAGAAAGGAUAUCGAUGAUGCCCUUGAACUGAUUUAAAAAGUCUAUGGAUCAUAUGACAAUUGUUCUUUUGACUUUCUUUAUAAUUUACCUUCUGAAGUUGGAUAAAGCUCUCUUGAUGAUCUAAAAUGGUUCAUUGAAUAAUAUCAGCCGGGACAUAUAUCUGCCUAUUCACUAAGCAUAGAAGAGGAAUCCUAUUUCUAUAAAAAAUUAAAUUAUCGAGAAGGCAUUCAUCCACUUCCUAAUAACGAGAUUCAAACUUGCAAUUACACUAAAGUGCAUCAAAUUCUACAGCAAUACGACCAUUAUGAAAUAUCUAAUUUUGCGAAAUCAGAACAGCAUAUCAGUUAGCAUAAUAAAAAUUAUUGGCUUGGAGAUAGCAAUUUUUAUGGAUUUGGAAUGGGAGCCACAUCUCUUUCUAAUUUAAUCAGAGUUACUCGACCACACACAUUGAAAUAAUAUUAUAAGUUUGUAGACUCUGGAGAAGGAUGUUUGGUGGAGGAUGAAAGUUCUUAGUUUGAAAAAUAAAGAAUACUAUUAAUGAGUAGAUUAAGAACCAAAUGGGGGAUAGAGAGAGCCUUAUUAUCCGAAUCUGUGGUCGAGGCUAUGUAAAAAUUCGAGGAAUACUUCAUCAUUGGCGAAGAUAAUAUCAAAUUAAAAAUUCCAGAAGGUUACUUAGUAUGUGAUGAGAUUGUAGGAUACUUAUAGAAUAUUAAAUGA